UCUUUCCCAGACGAAAAGCACCACUUCCCUGCUGCACUUUCCCUUAGUGUGCAGUCAGUGAACGAGGCGCGGUGACUUGCAGCAGCUGGACACGAUGAUCUCCAACACGGCUCUUUGCACCAGAUAUCUGCGGAUCAACUGUGCAGCUUUCUCCAGAGCUGCAGAGGUUUUACGGAGGCCAUUGGCACGCUGUCCAGUACUAUUACCAGCAGCAAGUCGUGGCAUUCAUGUGGACUAUCCGCCCAUCAUCCCGACUCUCACUAGCAGCUACGCCCAUGGCACCGGUUCCACGACUUUGCUUCACACCACAGUAGCACAGACCCUGCAGAAGACUGUCGAGCAAUGGCCUGACCGAGAGGCCAUGGCUUUUCUAGAAGACGGAGUCCGCAAGACCUUUGCACAGUUUUCCCAAGAUGUGGACCAGGCUGCAGCCGGGCUGCUGGCACUUGGACUGGAGAAAGGAGACCGUCUUGGUAUGUGGGGACCCAACACUUAUGAAUGGAUCCUGUUCCAGUUUGCAACAGCCAAAGCUGGCAUUAUAUUGGUGUCUGUGAACCCAGCGUAUCAACUGCAGGAAGUGGAGUUUGCAUUGCGGAAGGUCGGAUGUAAAGCUAUAGUGUGCCCAUCAGAGUUUAAGACUCAGAAAUACUGUGACAUGCUGAGAAAGAUAUGUCCAGAGAUCGAGUCCUCCACCCCAGGAGAUAUCAAGAGUGCCAGACUCCCAGACCUCCGCUCUGUGAUCGUCCUGGACAGACGACAGCCAGGAAUGCACCAUUUUGAGGACGUGAUGCAGGCGGGCAGCAGUCAGUACGUGAAGCAGCUUCAGGAUCUGCAAAAGAAGAUCUCGUUUGAUGACCCCAUAAACAUCCAGUUCACUUCGGGCACAACUGGAGCUCCAAAGGGCGCUACAUUAUCACAUCACAACAUUGUCAACAACGCCUACUUUGUUGGCAAACGAGUUGGAUACACCUGGAGGCCUCACACUCGUGUCUGUUUGCCUGUGCCUUUGUACCACUGUUUCGGCUCUGUGGGUGGUGGGAUGUGCAUGGCCGUACAUGGCCUCUCCUUGGUCUUUCCCUCUGCUGGGUACGAUGGAGCGGCCAACUUAGCAGCCGUGGAGAGUGAAAGAUGUACCUUCAUCUACGGGACCCCCACCAUGUAUGUUGAUAUGAUUGGCCAGAUGGGCUUGCAUAAAUAUGACUUGUCGUCAGUGCAAGCAGGCAUCAUGGCCGGUUCCCCUUGUCCUCCAGAGAUUGUGAAGAAGGUCAUGUCUGUAAUGGGCAUCGAGGGAAUAACAAUUGGAUAUGGCACCACAGAGAACAGCCCUGUGACGUUCUGUGCUUCGCCAGAAGACAACAUGAAGAGGAAGUCCGAGACAGUCGGGUACAUCAUGGAACACUUAGAGGCUAAAAUUGUGGACCCUACAACUGGAGAGCUCCUACCUCUGGGCAUGUUGGGGGAGAUUAUGAUCCGAGGCUACUGUGUGAUGUUGGAGUACUGGGGCGACAAAGCCAAAACUGAUGAAGUCAUCUCUAAAGACGGCUGGUACAGAACAGGAGACAUUGGCAGCUUGGAUGCGUACAGCUACUGCCGAAUCGAGGGCAGGAUUAAAGACAUGAUCAUCAGAGGAGGAGAGAACAUUUACCCGGCUGAGAUCGAACAGUUCCUGCACACACACCCCAAAGUGAAGGAAGCACAGGUGGUCGGAGUGGAGGAUUAUCGAAUGGGCGAAGAAGUCUGUGCCUGUAUCAAACUGGUGGACGGACAGGAGUGUACUGAAAAGGAAAUUAGAGCUUACUGCAAGGAACAGAUUGCUCACUUCAAGAUUCCUCGCUACGUACUUUUUGUAACCAGCUACCCGCUCACUAUUACUGGAAAGAUCCAGAAGCACAAACUACGAGAUAUCGCUGAAGAGCAGCUGGGACUGAAGAAGGAAAAAUGAGGGGCCAACAGCUCAUACAGUCCAUGGAGAGAAAGAAAGAGAGAGAGAUAGAUUAAUUAGUGUGUGUUAUAUCCUACAAACACCAAUUGGAGUUACAUACCCAGCCAUCAAAACAUCUUAAAACCGGUUUUUAAAAUGUAUUAAAGGCAGCCAUUGUGCCUUCGGUAGACAUGAUGGAUGGGUAUAAAGCUGUCCUGAGCCAAAUGAUUGUGUAUCUUCUUGUAACCAGCUGUUAAAGGAUCAUAUUCUAUAUUUUUUCUUACUGUCAAUGAAUCCAAUGAAAAGCCCAACAAUCAUUUUAACUCCUUUAUCACCACAAACACACGCACACUGUGGUCCAGUUUGAGUCCGUAAACGCUGUCCCGCUGCAGUAAAUACACACUAGAGGAUCAAAUGUGUAUUAAUCCGCAGCUGAAAAUAGUUCCUAACAAAUGCGCUAUUUGCACCUGUUUCAGUAAAGUUGGCUGAAAACUACAGUGGCCAGCUGUUUAAGGAAAUUACUGAGCUUUUUAAAAAUUAAAAAUAUAACUAUGUAUUUGUAAUCAGUUUCUUAAAUAUCUACAUAAAUAUGAGCUGGGCCCACACAGGGCUCUCAGACCCCAUUCUGGUCCCUGUUCUUCGCACAUGGAUGACCGAGUUAUCCAGAUUAAAAUGUCGAGUUUGACACAAAUCCAGAUAUUUUUUUUUUUAGUCCUCCUUGGGUAUUUUAUUAUUAAUCUGGAACUGUUGUCAUAGCAACAAGUCUUGAAACCCAAAUCUGUAACGGUGACAGUUAGGUGGAUCAUGAUUAAGGCCUUUUAGGAUCAAUAAAUGUUCAGAUACAGCCAUCUAAUGAAAGAAUUAUGACAUAAUUAUGAUUUGUUGUAAUUAUAACGUGAUUUACUCAUACAUUUGGAUACUCGGAGCAAAAAGACAUGAACCUUAAAGGACCAAUGGAUAACAUUUAGUUUAACUUUUGAACACUAAACUUUGACUGCCUGCAGAAUUCACUUUACUGAAGGUCGUUUAUGCAUAUAAAACUUAUUUUAUGUAAUGAAAGAGAAAGAGAAACACUGUGAAUCAUGAUGUAUAAUAAAAUAACAGCAGUACCAAUACAGGAUCAUAUAAGAAUCAUGCUUUUUGUCUUGAAUUUUGAGAGUUCAUAACACGCCUACCUCAUUUAACAGCAAUUACAUCAUGAGCACCAAAUGAGAAUUGACAGCAUUAUUUUAGUCUAGCCUCAAUUAGCCAAGCCACAUUUGAAGAACAGAGUCUUUUCAUUAGAUUUGUUGACAUAAAGGAAAAUACUCAACCAUAAAAGUAUCUUCCCAGGCUGCUGACCCAUUGCAUUCAGACAUGCAGAAUAUUAAAGAUCAGUGCAGAGCUUUUUUUGUAAUUGCUGAAUCACAGUUCCCCAUUGUUCUUCUUUUCAUCAAGCAGAAGCUAUAAAAAUCUUUUUAUAUAUCAACUUGGAAAUAAACUUCAUACCACAUUAUUAAAACCAGGCGUGGGUGUUUCUCUUUUUACGGGAAGAAUUGAGGUAUUUUUAUUGAUCUCGGCGGCAGGUGUACGCCUCCUAAGCCCUUGGAAUGUCUUUGUGGUGUUGAACAGCAGCGAGUAUCACAGACACACACCCAAAGCUGUGAAGAAUUUCCUCUCGAGUCUGACCCGAGUACAUGUGCAGCCUACCUGACGCUGGGCUAGAGGAUCGGAUGUCGUCUUCUGUCUAGACCUGAAGGACUCGGCCCAGAAAUAGCUCUUAGGAGCCCAGAAGAAAACAAACAGCACUCCUGGCUCUUAAGAAGGAACCUCAAGGUUUAUUUAACAUUUUUUAUUUGACAUAUUUUGGGUUUGGAUUGAAUGUCUCAGGACAUGGUAUUCUUCUGUCGAGUGCCAAGUGCAAGAGGCAACCAGUUAGCUUUAACCUGCUCCUGAGUCUGAGGAAAUCACUUCAAACCCAAAGGAAUGUACAUUUUUGGGGUGAGGAUAAGUAGUCCAUCUCUUUUUUCACAAGCAUGACUUAGUGAGAAAUGUGGCCAGUUCUCUCUGUACACUUUUUAAGCUGCGAUUUGGAAAUAAACUAAAUUAAAUCUUCCUGUUGUUUCUGUGUUUUAAGCAAUCAGCUGUACUCACUAAUUAACUCAUAGUUUGUGCUGCCAAUAGCUGACACUUCAACAAAAAACGUCGAGCUCCCUCGUGUGGUAAAAAGAGAGCACAACAUCU